AUGACCCACGAUACACUUUCUUUGUACGAUUAUGAGGAUGAGUUUUAUGUUCCACCUCGUACAACUUUCAGCGAUGAUUACUCUCACUCACUAGAUUUGGGAAAUGACUAUCAAUUACAAUCUUCAAGACGGUUAGGAACAGCAGAAACUACAAAUAACUCCACAUUCACCUGGAAAACACCAGAUUUAAACAAAAAGAGCAAUCGAGAGAGAUAUAUUCCAUCAACAGAGCCAUUUUACGAUCAGACAACACAUAAGGAGUUCUAUCAGCCAAUUAUUGCUGAGCCAACGAGGAGAGUCGCAAACGAAAAUCGCUACCAGCCGUUACAAGACAUCCCAUUUCAUUCCGAAACAACACAUGACGCUACCUAUACGUAUAAAGAAGUAGAUAACUAUCCCCGCCAAACGCAAUCUCAUUCCUACACGCCGUCCUCAGUCCCGUUCUAUGCACGAACAACGCAUCAAGAAGAGUUCGUUCCCAAAAUAGUUCCACGACAAACCCAAAACUUUGCGAAAAUGACGACAAUUUCUCAGGAUCCACUGCCUUCCUCCAUCAAAUUUGACGACUUAACAACGAACAAGCUCGAGUAUACUCCAAAAGAGAUUCUUCGAGAGCUGGCUCCUCCACCCGCAAAUAACAAUCCUGCACCUUUAAAUAUCAAAUUCGAAGAUCAAACCACGAAUAGGGCUGUUUACACUCCAAAAAAGGCUGAAAGACCUAAACGUGUUGUAAAUCGCGAAACAAUAUAUUCUUCGGACGGAGUGUUUCAUUCAACCACUACAAAUAAAGAGCAUUAUCAGAAAGCGGAAAUUGAGCGUCAGAAACCAAUUCGACGUGCUCAGACCUUGGGUUCGGAUGACCAAGCAAUGGAUACUAUGACAACUCAUCAGAUUUUUUAUCAGCCAGUACAAGGAGAAAGGGCGAAAAGUUACAAGAACACAUCGUCUUGGGAGCUCAAAGGAGAUUUUGACGAAACAACAACUAACAAACAAACAUUUCGAGCUCAUACAACCCAAAAACAAAAACCGAUUAAGCAGCCGCAGAAUCUGAAAAUUAAUGACGGAAGGUUUGAAGGAUAUACAACUCAUCAGAUUGAUUUUCAACCAAAAGCUGUUGCGAGGCAAAAGCAGCUCCAUCUGAGUGAUAACGAAUUGUUCGAGAAAAGCGAUCAAAUGCAAAAAACGGAAAUGAAUGAAGCUUUUCAAGCGAAAACAAUUGUUAGAUGUCCGGCUGAAGCUUUACAAGCUAAGAGAGAUAAAGCACGACAUGUGAAUGGACAUUUAUUCUUCCGUCACAAACACAAGAAAUAA